AUGUGCCAGAGGAAAGCCAUGUGCAAGCGGAAAGCCUGGAUGAGCAAGGUGUUCAGCGGGAAGCGCCCUGAGUCGGAGCUGCCGCCCCAGCCCCAGAGCACCUUCCGCAAGCCCCCCACACCGCCGCCCCCCGAAGCUGGGGGCCAGCAAUCUCUCACCUGCUUUGGCAGGGGGGUUGGACUGGGUGACCCACAGAGGUCCCUUCCAAUCCCGAACAUUCUGUGAUUCUGUGAUCCCUGCUCUGGCCAGCUGAACGUGGCGGUGAAGUGCCUCAAGACAGACGUGCUGAGCCAGCCAGAGGCACUGGACGACUUCAUCCGGGAGGUGAACGCCAUGCACUCCCUGGACCACAGGAACCUCAUCCGCCUCUACGGUGUGGUGCUCUCCCACCCCAUGAAGAUGGUGACAGAGCUGGCCCCGCUGGGCUCCCUCCUGGACCGCCUGCGGAAGAACCAGGGCCAUUUCCUGAUCUCCACCCUCUGCCAGUACGCCAUCCAGGUGGCCAAGGGCAUGGCCUACCUGGAGUCCAAGCGCUUCAUCCACCGGGACCUGGCUGCCCGCAACAUCCUGCUGGCCUCCAGCGAGCUGGUCAAGAUCGGGGACUUCGGGCUGAUGCGGGCCCUGCCCAAAAAUGACGACCACUACGUUAUGCAGGAGCAUCGCAAGGUCCCCUUUGCCUGGUGCGCUCCUGAGAGCCUGAAAACGCGCACCUUCUCCCACGCCAGUGACACCUGGAUGUUCGGGGUGACCCUCUGGGAGAUGUUCACCUAUGGACAGGAGCCCUGGAUUGGCCUCAACGGCAGCCAGGUGGACAAGGAGGGCGGGCGUCUGCCGCGGCCCGAGGACUGUCCCCAGGACGUCUACAACGUCAUGCUGCAGUGCUGGGCGCACAAGCCCGAGGACCGACCCACCUUUGUGGCCCUGCGGGACUUCUUGGUGGAGGUGGGUGCGUGUCCCCCUCCCAUCCCCUCGUCGGUAACGAGGUCAUUUUUAUUUCUUAGGGCCGAGAAUUACUGGUGGCGGGGUCAGAAUAAGCGGACCCUAAAAGUGGGCCAGUUCCCCCGAAACACGCGUCGCGCCGCGGCACCCUGGCACUGGGAGGGUGUCCCGAACACCGCGCCCUGCACAAGUACCCUGGCGUGGGACUCUCUGCGGUCCCCGGGGCUUUCCCUGGGAAAUCCCAUGGACCCUCCUGACGUUUUAGGUGUGGACCUGAGUGCUGCCAGACCCACCCAGCUACCAGGAAGGGCUAAAAAGCCUUGCUACGACCCGGUCAGUGAGGAAGAGGAGGGUCUGCCCGGGGGUCUCAGGAAGCUCUGCCUGAAGAAACCAGGCACAGGGAAGGGUCUGCGACCGGUGAAGCCAUCGGCGCGGGUACCGGGCACCAAGGUGGGUGAGCGGCAUCCUGACCGGCCACCAAGCGAGGGACUGGCAGGCAGCGAGGUGACCCUCAUCGACUUCGGGGAGGAAGUGCCUCAAGGUAGCCCAUCGCCGGUGGGGGAGCUGACGGCCCCAUCGUUGACCAAGCUGGCCAUGGAGGCCUUCUCCUUGCUGGACAAGACCCCACCGCAGAGCCCCACGCGGGCUCUACCCCGGCCCCUCCACCCCACGCCGGUGGUGGACUGGGAUGCCCGCCCCUUGCCCCCACCGCCCGCCUAUGAUGACGUGGCACAGGAUGAGGAUGACUUCGAGGUCUGCUCCAUCACCAGCCCCCCGAGCCGGCGGGGCAAGACCAACUACGGCUUCAUGGACGAGGGCGAGCGGGGACCGGCACUGGAGGACAACCUCUUCCUGCCCCCCAAGGAGACCAACCCUCGGGACCCGCUGUCACAGCCCACCUCGCGGACCCCCAGCCCCAUGGCCCUGCAGGUGGGCUCCCCCCAGCAACGCGCCACCCUCUGCUCCUGCCUCUCCACCUCGCCGGGGAAGCCCAUGCCCACCACGCAGAGCUUCGCCCUUGACCCCAAGUACGCCACCCCCAAGGUCAUCCAGGCGCAGGGCAAGGACUGCUCCAAGGGACCCUGCAUCCUGCCCAUUGUGAAGGAUGGGCAGAAGGUCAGCAGCACCCACUACUACCUGCUGCCCGAGCGCCCUGCCUACCUGGACAAGUAUGAGAAGUUUUUCAAGGAGGCCAAAAGCCCUGAGGAGGUGCCGGCAUCCCGCCUGGUCACCACAGCCACCGUCCGUCCCAUGGUGCAGCAGCCGCCACCAGACUGCAAGGCCAACUUCUCCUCCAACAAUAGCAACCCUGGGCCCAAGUGCCUGGUGAAAGCCUCCUGCAGCCUCCAGAAGAUCAUCUACGAUGGGCCAGAUGGCUACCGACCUGCUGACAAGAUUCGGCUGGUGCAGGACACGGUGCAUGGCGUGACCACCGAGGAGUGCCAGGCAGCCCUGCAGAACCACGGCUGGAGUGUCCAACGGGCUGUCCAGUACCUGAAGGUGGAGCAGCUCUUCUGCCUGGGGCUGAAGUCCCGCGGUGAGUGCCACCGGGUGCUGGAGAUGUUCGACUGGAACCUGGCCCAGGCCAGCUCCCAC